AUGGCUUGGCUACUUCAUAAUCUCUGUAUUCACCCCGAAGCUCAAGAGAAGGCGAGAGCUGAAGCGGACUUGGUUCAAGAUCUGUCGGUUGAGUCUAUUCAUAAUAUACCUUUCAUUGAGGCUUGCACGCUGGAAACUCUUCGUCUCAAUCCAUCUAUCCCGGUCAGCAUCAACAGAGCCCUUGUCAAUUGUGGAGUAGCAGGGAAAACAAUCAGGGCCGGCACUCAACUUAUCUUCCCGUUGGCUCAGAUGAUGAAGGAUAACUACGAGCACGGUGACGAGUUCAGGCCUGAGCGUUGGUUGACACCCGAUGGCAGCACUAUUGAUGAGAACAAACGUUCAGAGUUAAUUUCAUUCGGAUUUGGUCCCAGACAAUGUCCAGGGAGGCAUCUGGCAAUGAGAGAGCUUCUAUGCUUUGCUGUGGAGCUCUUGCACACCUUUGAAGGCUUCCGCCUUCUUGAAGACCGGCUAUGCAGUGCCGGAGGACUUGAGUAG